UCGAAAUGCGGCCGCCGUGGCCUGGUUGCUCCCGCGACCUCGUGCCAAGCGCAAUGCCACCACGUUGGGCGAGCAAUCAACCGUCCUGUUGAACCCCUAUAAUUAACUUGCUCUUGAAUUUUUGGCUUGGCACAACGCGUCGUCAACAGCGUAGAACUUGAUUUUAACGGAAAUAUUGAUAACGAUAUCAUUGAUAUGUAAUUAACAAAAGAGCAGACCGAAGACCCUGCACUGCAGAAUCAAGUUGUACUUACAAUACAACGUCCAAAUAACUGGUUCGCUAGGUGGUUCUUGUUUGAGCGAAGCAAUGUCUUAUCGAAUGUCAACAUGGCGGCGACCUCUUGUGCAGUGCCAUGAGUAACGCGAGCCAGCCCGUGGACUACGUGUCGGGCGUGCCGGCGGUGCGGGCCUUCUUCUACUGCGUGUACGCACUCGUGUUCGCCGUGGGCAUCUCGGGCAACGCGCUCGUGUGCUUCGUGGUGGCGCGCCAGCGGGCCAUGCACACGGUGACCAACCUGUUCAUCGCCAACCUGGCGCUCUCCGACAUCCUGCUGUGCGCGCUCGCGGUGCCCUUCACGCCGCUGCACCAGUUCGUGGGCGCCUGGCCGCUUGGCGCCGCGCUCUGCCGCCUGGUGCCGUACGCGCAGGGCGUCAGCGUGUACGUGUCCUCGUUCACGCUCACGGCGAUCGCAGUGGACCGCUUCGUCGUCAUCAUGCACCCGUUCCGCGGCCGGCUGCGGCUGCCCGUGUGCGGCGCCCUGGUGGGCCUCGUGUGGCUCGCCGGAGGCCUGCUCACGCUGCCGUACGGCCUCUUCAUCGGCCUGGGCGGCGGCUUCUGCGAGGAGCGCUGGCCCUCCGAGCGAAGCCGGCGCGCCUUCAGCCUGUGCACCAGCGCGCUCCAGUUCGGCCUGCCGUUCGCCGUCAUCAGCUUCUGCUACAUGCGCGUCUGCUGCAAGCUGGGCGCGCGCGCGCGGGCCAAGCCCGGCGCCAAGUCGGCGCAGCGGGAGCAGCUGGAGCGGCGGCGCACGCGGCGCACCAACCGCAUGCUGGUCUCGAUGGUGGCCAUCUUCGGCGCCUGCUGGCUGCCGCUCAACCUGUACAACCUGGCCGUCGACUUUUCGGUGCGCGCCGCCAGCUGGCAGUUUGCGAACGCCUUCUUCUUCCUGGCGCAUGCGAUCGCCAUGAGCUCGACCUGCUACAACCCGUUCCUCUACACCUGGCUCAACGACAGCUUCCGCAAGGAGUUCAAGGCCGUGCUGCCGUGCUUCGCGAGCCGUCGAGCCGAGGCGCCGGCCGUGCGCUACGUGUGCAGCGGCGACGCCGUCAAGCUCUGAAUAAAGCCGGUGGACGAGUGCGUCGUACAAGCGGUGUCAGUGAAGACACUCAAUGCGUGAAACGAUGGCUACCUUCAUGUGUUGCUGUAAACCUGUGCUGCUGCAUGACCCGCACAGGGAGAGAGGGAGUUCAGCGACGCGCACGCAGACAAGCGCUCCUCUUUUCGCGUGUCUUCA